AUGACAGAUAUCCCAACUAGUUAUCAAAGAAUAAAUGCAGACAUGAUAAUCAAAUUCAAAGGGCAAUAUGUAACACUUGUUGGAAAAUUAUUGUAAAGCAAAGGAGAUUAUGUUGAAUUUAUGGUGGAUGGAUCAAUUGUGAAAGUGACUGAGAUUGAAGAAGUUCCUGAAAGCAAUGAAGAUAUCCUUUUAGAAAUAAGAGGCAAAUUAAAUGAUGAUGGGUUUUUAGAAGCUAAAGAAUUCACAGAAUUAGAUUAAACAUUUGAUUUCGAGCUCUAUAAAAAAGCCAUAAAUAUGGUUCAAGGACAAUUUAGAGAAUUGUUUUAUGACUGAAUUAAUUAGUUGCCAGAUGAAAUAUAUAUUAUACUUCAAA